AAAAAAAAAAAUCAACCCGUGUCCAACUUUUCCCUGAGCUGAAAUGGAAACCUCCCGGAAAAGAGAGAAUCCCCCUUAUUUUUUCUCAUAACUUAGGAUUUUAACACCAGACACAAUAUGUCCGAUUUGAGCAUGGCGUGAAGACGCUCUGAAAACGAAAAACACAUCAGUUUUAUAGCAGGUUCAGCAUCAUGGCAGAGGGGGAGGAGGCGAUGAGCCAGGAAGACUGGAAGGAGAGGUGUACGGUUCUGGAGGCGCUGCUCGUGAAGUUCAGGGUCCAGAUCGUCAAGAUCCGGGAGCUCACCGCAGACAAGAUCCAGCAGCUGGAGACGCAGGUGAUCGAUGCAGAGAAGCGAGCGUUUGCUGCAAACCAGCAGGUGAAGUGGAUGGAGGAGAAGCUGAAGGCAGCAGACGGCCAUCUUGGAGACUCUGAGAUGCGUUUGUUUGAGCAGUGCCAGGAGCUGCAGGCCUUGGUGCAGGAGAAGGAGGAAGUGAUCACCCAGCUGGAGCAGCAGCUGGAGGAGCAGAAACAGACUCGACUCCAGGAUGCCAAGUCAGUGGAGGAGAAAGCAGCUAAGAUCAAGGAGUGGGUGAUGCUCAGGUUGUCAGAGUUUGAGGUGGAGAACGCAGCAUUAAGAGAAACCAACAAGAAGCAGGAAGCUCAGAUCUUGGAGCUGCAGAAACAAGUGCAGGCCUUUGAGCAGAGGUGCAAACCCGGGGAGGCGCAGCGUCUCAGCAGCCUCACGUUUGGAUGCUUCCAGGUUAGGGGUAAAAACCCCCAGGUCCUAACCGGGCCGGCGCCAUGUCAGCGGACCCUCAGCACACAGGAAGAGAUGGAUACAACGCAGACAGGCGGAGACGUCCCCAAACAGAACCAAAGUGGGCUUGGGAUUUCUCUGCAGGAGGACAGCAACUCACCAAAGAAAAGUCCUGAAAGUGCGUCAGAGGGGGAGGAAGUGUGUGAGGGCAAAGGUCGUGUCUCCGGGUUCAGCCGACCCUGCAGCGAGAACUACCUGACGGCUUCGGACGACAGCAGCUCUCUGUUUGAUGAUGACAUGCAGCGCGCCGAGCGACCUGUUUUCGGCCUGGUCCAGCUGUCAGACGCAGCACCGGCAGACGGUUUGAGCGGGGCGGAGGCUAAGCUGGAGGACUGCGCCUCCGAGGAGCUCAACCAGCGAUUUCAGUCUCAGAGACUCGACUCCUCAUCGUCUUCCAGCGAGCCGACCACGCCCAGUCCCAUCCUCACGCCAGCCCUGACGCCGAAGCGACCCAAUGCCCCUCGGGACCCAACCGACAACCCGGCUUCUCCCAAACAGCCGCGUCUGAGGACCCCCGCGCCUCUGGUGAAGAAACAUCUGAGCCAGCCGCCUGUCGGCAGCCAGGCGGUGCACGGACAAACACGCAACGCACUCAGCAUGCUCCGCCCCCUCCGGCCGCAGGAAACUGACCUGGACCUGGAGAACAGCAUGGAGACGGGAAGGGAGACGCCUCAGAGCUCACCGACAUCCAACCAAACGUCAUCCGAGUCCAGUUCUGAGAGGCUGGAUUGUGACGCCUCAGGGCCCUGCAAACCCCCGACUCCUCCACUGCACAGACUCCCGUCCUGGGAAAGUCGUAUCUAUGCUGUUGCUAAGUCCGGGAUCAGACUGUCUGACACGUCUUGUUCGGGUCAUCCCAGCAGAGAUCCCUCUCUGCAGGCGUCCUACCCCGCCUUCGUGAUGUACACGUCGCUCAUCUAUAAAAACAUGACGGCUCCUGUCUACACCACGCUGAAGGGGAAAGCCACCCUGCUGAGCUGCAGCCCGUUCUCCGACGACUCGUCCAGCUCAGACAAUUCCUCCAGUUCAGGAGAGGAGGACGGAUCCGUCUGCAGCUCCCACAAUUCCUCUGGGUCCAGGAAGGACGGGAGCCCAGGAAGCCCACGCUGCCUCAAGAGAGCCGUGUCCGUGGCGUCUAUGACGUCAGAGAGUGACUAUGCCAUCCCUCCUGAUGCCUAUUCCACGGACACAGAGUUCUCCGAACCCGAACAGAAACUCCCCAAGACCUGCAGCUCAGCCAGCUACAACGGCAAGAGUGAGCCAAUGGAGAAGUCAGGCUAUCUGCUGAAAAUGGUUAAAACGUGGAAGAAGACCUGGAAGAGACGCUGGUUCGUCCUCAAAGAUGGAGAACUGCUCUACUAUAAGUCACCAAGCGACGUGAUCAGAAAGCCUCAGGGCCAGAUCGAAGUGAACGCGAGCAGCAGCAUCACCCGUGGAGGCGGCAAGCAAGUUCUUCAGAUUAUGACGGGGAAGCAUGUGUAUUAUCUGAAAGCGGACUCUCCUAACCUGCUGGAGGAGUGGCUGCACGUCCUGCAGAGCGUCCUGAGGUUGAAAGCUGCCAGUCCUCUGUUCACUCAGCCAGACAUCCGUCCCAUCAUGAAGGGACUUCUCAUCAAGGUAAAACACGGCUACUCAAAGCGGGUCUCGUGCGCUCUGAUCGGCAAGACGUUGUACUACUUCCGCAGCCAAGAGGACAAGUUCCCUCUGGGUCAGAUUAAGUUAUGGGAGGCCCGGGUCGAGGAGGUGGCUGGGUCAAAGGAGUCAGAUGAUGAACUGAAAGCUUGUGGGCGGAGCUUAGAGGCGGCUCCCUUUACUAUCGCCGUCCACCCUCAGGAGCAAAGCCCAACAUACUUGCUAAUCGAGUCCCGCCAUGAAAAGGAUUCAUGGCUGUACCAUCUGUCUGUGGCAGCAGGUACCACUGUGGGUAAAGUUGGCACCGAGUUCGAACAACUGGUGGGAAAACUCUUCCAACUGGACGGAGACGCAAAUUCUCAGAUCUGGAGAAAUCCCACGCUGUGUUUCAGGAAGGAGGCUCUCUCUUCUCCUCUCACCACUCUGCCAUCACAAGCCCUGCAGACAGAAGCCGUCAAACUCUUCAAGACCUGUCAGCUUUUCAUCAACGUCGCCAUCGAUGCUCCGGCCAUCGACUACCACGUCUCUCUGGCUCAGAGCGCCCUGCAGGUCUGCCUGGCCCACCCAGAGCUUCAGAACGAGUUCUUUUGCCAGCUCAUGAAGCAGACCCGCAUGAAGCAACCACAAAGCCACGCAGGACCUCUGCAGGGUUGGCAGUUUCUGGCUCUGUGUGUCGGAUUGUUUCUGCCGCGGCAUCCUUUCCUCUGGCUGCUCCAGGUUCACCUGAAGAGACACGGAGACUCCAGGACCGAGGUGGGAAAGUAUGCAAUCUACUGCCAGCGCUCUCUGGAGCGGACCCAGCAGAAGGGCGAGCGGCAGGCCCGGCCGUCCCGAAUGGAGAUUCUGUCCAUCCUGCUGAGGAAUCCGUAUCACCACUCUCUGCCUUUCAGCGUCCCCGUCCACUUCCUCAACAACACCUAUCAGGUGGUGAGUUUUGAUGCUUCAACAACUGUGGACGAGUUCCAGAGUCGCCUCAACCAGGACACAGGGAUGAGGAAAACCGGACUUUCCGGCUUCAGCCUGUACACAGAUGAUCCCACCGGACGAGAACUGGAGCACUGCCUGUCAGGAGGCAUCAAGAUUUGUGACAUUCUCUCCAAAUGGGAGCAGGCGUCCAAAGAGCAGCACUCUGGGAAGUCUGAAAACACCAGAACCGUCCGUCUUACCUACAAGAACAGGCUGUACUUUUCUCACCAGAUGAGAGGCGAGUCGGAGAGGGAGAGGUUGCUGCUAGCUUACCAGACUAAUGAAGCCAUCGUAGUCGGACACUUUCCUGUCAACAAGGAACUGGCUCUGGAAAUGGCAGCACUGCUCGCCCAGGUGGAGUUUGGAGAUUUUGAACGGUCCUUGUUUGCAUCCGGAUCGGCCCAAAGUAAAUCCAAUCAGAGCUUAAAACAAGUGUUGGACAGAUUCUACCCUAAACAUUACCGCAGAACCUCAUCUGAGGAUCAACAGAGGCAACUGAUGCAGCGUCUGUCGGCCCGCUGGGCCUCCCUCAAGGGGCGCGGUUCAUCCGAGUGUGUCCGGAUCUACCUGACUGUCGCCAGGAAAUGGCCGUUUUUUGGUGCUAAGCUGUUUCAGGCAGAGACUACCACUCCCUCCCCUGAGUCGGGUCAGAGUGUUUGGCUGGCGGUGCAUGAAGACGGGAUCAGCGUUCUGGAGCACAACUCGAUCAAACUGCUGGUGACCCAUCCGUACAAGAACCUGAUGACGUUUGGAGGCUGCAAAGAGGACUUCAUGCUGGUGGUGGGCCAAAACAUCGGCAAGGACAAACCUACCGAGAAGCAUCUGUUUGCGAUGGACGCCUCCAAAAUCAGGGAAAUCACCCUCCUCAUCUCCAGUUACAUCAACAGCGCUCAUCAGCAGAAGGCCGCCGCCCACCACCUGUCCGCCCCGGCUCUGAUGGUGGCCCAGCCCGUCAGCCUCAAGAGCAAAGAGCUGAGGAGCAAAUCCCCGCCGGCGCUCGGACGCCCGAGCAAGGCCCCCACGUUGCUCUGACGCAUUCAGCUAGAAAAACAAGCUCCGACUCCGUUAUUUCUGCAAACAGAAUGUCACUUCAGUUCAUGCUGCAAAAGUGAUCUGUUUGGUAUAUUUUAAUAUUAAAAAGUGGAAACCAGACCUCUCUUGGCUAGCAAAGAUUUUAGCAUCUAUUCUAAGUAUAUUUUUGCUUGUGAUGAGGAAGGUAAUGCUAUUUAUUAUUAACAUUGUUCCUAAACUGCUCAUCAGUCACAGUGAGUUUGGUUUAUUUCCUUCAGUAAAAUUUUAUUUAAAGUCUGUUUUUGCCAUUUUUAUUAUUAUUUGUUUUGAAUACAGGUAAAAAAGAUGCAACAAUUGCAGCUAAAGUUAAAUCUAAGCAUUAAAAAACUCAUCUGUCUACCAAUCAAUAAAGAUUUUUAUCAUA